UUUUGCGAAAUUUUGCAAAGAUGAAUGAUUUGAUGACAAAGUCGUUCCUAAGUUAUGUGGAACUGAAGAAACAGGCUCGGAAGGACCUUGAAGACGACGAUCUUGACAUUGAAGCAGGGAAACUCAACCCCACGGAAGACCGCAGCCUCUCUCAGUUCUUCCAAGAAGUUGAAGCAAUCAAGUUUGAAAUGGAAGAGAUCACCAAUCUCUUAUUUGAUCUUCAGCAACUGAAUGAAGAGACAAAGUGCACCCACGGUGCCAAAGUUCUCCGCGGCCUAAGGGACAGGAUGGAGUCAGACAUGGUUGCCGUGCUUCGCAAGGCACUGAUCAUCAAGGCAAUGCUCGAGGUUCUUGACCAAUCCAACAUAGACAAUCGUAGUUUGUCAGAAUCCUACAAAGAAGGGAGCCCCAUUGACAGGACCAGAAUGUCUGUCACAAAUGGUUUGAGGGUCAAGCUUAGGGACAUGAUGAAUGACUUUCAGUCCUUGAGGGACAAGAUUCUAUCUGAACACAAGGAAGAUUUGAAGAGAAGGUACUAUACCACGACCGGUGAGGUUCCUACUGAAGAGGUGAUGGAGAAGAUGGUUUCUGGGAGUCUUAAAGUUGAGUUUUUGGCUGGAAAAACGGAUGCUGAUUUGGGCACUCAGGUUAGGCACGAGGCAUUGAUGGAUAUCCAGAGGAGUUUGAAUAAGCUUCACCAGGUUUUUCUUGAUAUGGCUAUUCUGGUUGAGACACAGGGUGAAAAGUUGGAUAACAUUGAGGAUAAUGUGGUUAAUGCUGGUAACUUCAUCCAUGGUGGGACUAAUAGUCUUUACAAUGCCAACCAGAUGAAGAAGAAGAACAGAAAGUGGUUGUGUUGGGUUUUUGCUGUGGGGCUGAUCAUACUACUCGUAUGCAUCGUUGCAAUGUUGUCUUCUUGACUGGAGCAAUUUGUAAGGAGUGAUUUAGAGUUUCGAGACCGUAAAGCUACUUUCAUUUCCUCUUUAACAGUUCAAUGGUUUUUGGAUUGUUGGGGGAAGUUCUGUUAAUUGAUUCAAAUUAGUUUAUGAGAACUACA